AUGAAAAGCAAGCCUAACUUGAAUAUAACUGUAAAGGGUGCCCAAUUACUCCAAGAUCUAGAUCAAUAAAAAGGCAAAGGAAAACAGGAUCCUCAAGCCAUAAUUCAAUUGGGAGCGCAGAAGUUCAAAACAAAAGCAGCAACUAAUUAAGGAAAAGUCCCAAUUUGGAAUGAGACCUUUUAAUUUACCUAUGAUCCCAAAAAUUCGAACUUAACUGUCUCCGUCGUUGAUGUUGAUCUGCAAAAAAAAAACCCAGAAGAAAUAAUUGGAAAAGCAAUCCUAGAUUUAUAAAAUGUUGAGAAUUCUCCUGAUUGGUUGAUUUCAGUCCCUUUGUAUAAAAAUUAAAACGACAUGGGGUCAUUGGAAUUGGAGUUCGAUUUCAUAGGAAAGCAAAAACCAGUUGCCAAGAAAGACAAAAGCGAAUUGGGUUCAGAAAGAUAAUUAGAUAAAUCAAAUAAUAAUAAUUCUAUCUCCUCCAAAUAGGGAUCAAAAUAGUAAUAGGAUAAUAAUUAUGAUUUUCAAACUGUUAAUAUAGAGACCCAACAGGCAGAAUUGAAGAAAUGGAUAUCAUAAAUACAAGAAAGAGAAUACAUAAAUACUCUCAAGUACUUAGAGGAUUCAAGACUACAGGCUGCUAUAGAAAGGGCUUUGAAUUAAGUUGCCGAACAAAAUCCUAAAGAUUAAAUUGAUUAUUUUGCUGAUUUGAUAAUGACAAGCAUUUCAUACAAUGCAAAAAAAUUAAGACCUUUCAAAAUUUAAAAGGAUGCCUUGUAAAAUGAUCUUAAUAAAUUGUCACAAGAAUAUCAAGAGGAAGAAAAGUUAAAUGAUCUCUAUUUCGAUGAAAUAGGGAGAGCUGAAAAAGAAUUUGAUGCAUUAUAAAAAUAUUUUGAUCAGCACCAGAAAUAGCAUCAGGAUAAGACUAGUGGCCCUAUUACUUAGGAAUCCCAGGGAAUUGAUGCUAAAUUAGAACAUGAAGUAACAUAGACUCUAAAAUUAUUUCUCCUUAAUAUUAGUAAAAAAGAAACAUUGGAAUUUAUCUAGGAAAAGGAAUUAUAAAAAAGAUUAUAGCGAAUUCAAACCAUCUAAUUAACUAUGAACCAAAAACCAGAAGAUGAAAAUGCAAAGGUUGAAGAUGAGGAACUAGACAAUGGAUAUUAUAUAACAUUGAGAAAUUAAUCUAAUUCUGUACAAGUCAAAGUUCCUGGUACAAUUAAAACCUUUAGAGAAUUGAAGUAAAUUGUCAGAUCUUGCUUUAUGGCAGAAGACAAUGAAAUAUUUUAUACGGAUUAGAUGGGUAAUUUACUAUAAUUUGAUAUGAACGUAUUAAACGAAUUAUAUCCCCCAAUUUAUGAAUUACUCAGAAACUAUGAACCUACUGUUGGAGUUCAGAUUGUCAAACAAAAAAAACAAAAAGAUGAUAAAACCAACCUAUCUCAACUCGAAGAGGUUUUAUUCACAGAAGCAUACCCUGAUGGAUUGACAAAAAUUUUUAGGUAAACCAGAAGAAUGGAUAAUAAAGUCAAUUGGUCCUUGUAUUUAGGAUAUUUAAACAAAGUUAAAUAUUUUUUUGAAUCUUGUCUUUUUAUCCUCUUACUGUUUUUAUUUAUAUUUACAGAAAUCAACCAAAUCAAAUUCGUUACUAAUACCCAAAUACUAGUUUCCUUCUAAAAUUCAUAUCCUAUUCAAAGAUCUUACCCUUAACCUGUGUUCAAUUUAUCAACUCUAAUUCAUCAAACUCUGGCAGAAGAAAAUGAGGAUUAAAAAUUUUACAAUUACCCUUUAAAAUCAGGGUUGCUGAUUUAAAAAUUAGUAUAAGAAGAAAAUAUAGAUGAUUGUCAUAUUUUGAAUGAAAAUCAAAAAGAAAUGUUCUUAGAAAAUAAUUAAAGCUGCUUAAAUUUUGAUAAGGUGUUUUCUGAAGAUUUAGAUGGGGAUUAUACUCAAACCGAGUUCGAUCCAUCUAAAUAUGACAGUUACUUUGGAGGAUAUGUUUGGGAGCUCAAUCUCACAGAUUAGAAUAGUUUCUAGAAUAGCAUGGAGGAGAUUCAAUCUUAACAGUGGUUAAAAUACAAUAUUAAAUAAUCAUAAUUCAUUUUAAAUUAUUUUAAUAGUCCAACUUAAAGGUUGAUAUAAGCUACAAUCACAACUCUAUACUUAUUUAAUGAUGAACUACUCAAUUAUAAUACUAUGUAAACACAGGCUUUUGAUUUGAACUCUUAAUCAGAUACAGAAGUACUUGCUCAGACUCUCAUGUUCUAUAUUGCUAUACUUCUACUCGUUCCUUCAUUUUUUGAUUUUUUUGGAUUUUACUUCAUAGGAACUUAAAAUGCCUUAAUCCUGAUCUACAUACAAUAUAUGGAACUUUUUAACAGAAGAAAAAAGAUGCAGUCUAGAAAAAGAGAUUUAGCACCACAGGAAGAAAGAGAAUUUUAAUAAAAGAAAUUGAUUUUAAGUGAAUAUUUCAUCUUCAAUCUAAAAGUCCUUUAUGUAGUGAUUAAAAUUCCGCUUAUAUUUGACAUCAUUUGUAAUUUGUAUUUACAUAUGCUAGAUAUGUUAAGCAAUGUUAGUAUACUAAUAAGAAGCACCAUAUCGAAAUCAUAUCAAGAUUAGUUAGAUUUAAUCGUUGUGGGUUCUAACUCAUAUUAAGAUGUCUCAAAAUUAAUAACUCCCCUUUAUACAUCUAGAAUUUAUGACGGAAUUCAAAUUUUGUUCUUAAUGAUAGCCAUAAAUAGAUUUUUAGGCAAUUGGAGUCCAUAUCUAAAGUGUUAUGGCUUGGUUAUGAUUAGGAAUCCUGGUUCUUACUUUUUGGUGUUGAUAUUUAUUAUUAGCAUUUGCGCUAUGUCUUGGAGUAUCACAUUAUAAGGGAAGUUAGUAAAUCAUGAUAAUUUCUUUUAUUCAUUUCUUGGAUUAUUAAGAUGCACUCUUAAGUACGGAAUGCAUAAUGAUAUAGCAGAAUAGGGAUUUGAUAAUAAUUACGUUAAGGAAAUAAGUUAUUCUUUCGAUACAAGAUAUAUUCAAUAUGUCAUUGUUAUGGUACUUUCUAUGAUUAUGGUACCAAUAUUUAUUUCUUUGAUGACACAAUAAGUGCAUAAUACAAAAGAAGAAGCUAAAUAAAAGAUGAUGGAAUAUAAAAAAUGA